AUGGAAUAAGAAACUUUAAUUCAUAAGGAUAUUGUUUACAUAAAACAUAACGAAACAGACUGCUAUUUAACAGAUACUUAAGUAUCUUAUCAAAAUGGGUACACUUGAAUUUAGAAUGAUUUUAGCUAUUUAUUGGGAACAUAGAAAGAGUAAGAUUAAAAUUCUUUAUGGAUAUUAGAAAAGUAUAGUCCUCCUAAUUAGGGAUUGAAAAAGCCUAAUUAUACUAAAGUUGAAAUAUGGCCAGGUGAUAUGUUGGUUAUUAGAAAUGGAAAAACUGGAAAUGUAAUCACUUGGUAUCCUAAAUAUUCUAAAUUUAGCAACAUUGGAAAUAAAUCACCAAUAACAAAAUAAGGGGAAAUGUUGGUAGCAAAUCAGUAUGAAGGAACAGGAGAAUAAUAAUUUAUAUUGGUAUUUGACAAAUUUGAUGAUAUAAAUCUGAGUAGAGUAAAGUUUGUAAAUGUUCUUGAUAAUAAUCAUGCUUUGCAUUCACAUAAUAGACAAUAUAAGAAUCCGAAAGAUUUCAAUGAAGUAACAGGAUAUACAGGAGUAGACUAAAAUGAUUAUUGGACUAUUAUUCCUGUAUAAAACUUUGUUAAUUUAGGCAACUAGAUCUGUUCGAUAAUCAAUAGUCAUAAAAGAUUAAUAAGCAGAUAUAGAUAAACCAAUAAGGCCAAGAUGCUAUAAAUAUAUUCAUAAUAUGGAUAGAGUGGUGAUUAGAAAUUGUUUAACUGGAGGAUCUUUACAUUCUCACACUAGCACUUAUUCUCAUGGAAAUAAGUAGCAAGAAAUAACAUGGAGAUAUUGUAUUAGAAGAGAUUAAAAUGAUUGGUGGUUAUUAGAAUUGGCUGGUAGUAAUACAGACAUCACAAAUCCAAUAUCAAAUAAUUCUCUAUUAUUUUUAACUCAUACUGGAACAGGAAAGAGAUUAAUGCAUAUUAAUGGUGCUAGAAACAAAAAGAAGGAUUAUCUUGAAGUUAAUUGUGGAAUACAAGAUGAAGCUGAAUUUCAAAUUGAAGGUAUAAAUAUUCUAAUUUUUAGGAGUUGAAAAAGGUAUACCAGAAUUGAGCACACUCGUACUUGAAUAUCCAUUUAGACUUAAACAUAUUAAGACCUCUUAAUAUUUGGCUGCUCUUAGUAGACCAUCAAGUAAAACUACUUUUUAGGGAGAAGUUGUGUUAGUUGGAGGGAAAGAAUAAAAUACAAUAUGGUUGGUUGAAACUGUAGACUCUUUGUUUGAUUGA